AUGGGAGUCCAGGGACUUUGGAAGCUGCUUGAAUGCUCUGGAAGACAGAUAAAUCCAGAAACGCUGGAAGGAAAAAUUCUUGCUGUUGAUAUUAGUAUUUGGUUAAAUCAAGCACUUAAAGGAGUCAGAGACAGACAUGGAAACUCAGUUGAAAAUGCCCAUCUUCUUACUUUGUUUCAUCGACUUUGCAAGCUGUUAUUUUUCAGAAUUCGACCAAUUUUUGUUUUUGAUGGGGAAGCACCACUGUUGAAGAAACAAACUUUGGCUAAAAGAAGACAAAGAAAAGAUUUGGCAUCCAGUGACUCCAAGAAAACUACAGAAAAACUUUUGAAGACAUUCUUAAAAAGACAAGCUAUCAAAACUGCUUUGAGAAGCAAAAGAGAUGAAGCACUUCCUAGUCUUACUCAAGUUCAAAGAGAAGACGACAUCUAUGUUUUGCCUUCAUUACAAGAGGAGGAGAAAAAUAGCUCAGAGGAGGAAGAUGAAAAGGAAUGGCAAAUAAGAAUGAACCAAAAACAAGCAUUACAGGAAGAGUUCUUUCAUAAUCCUAAUGCUAUAGAUAUUGAGUCUGAAGACUUCAGUUGUCUACCACCAGAAGUAAAGCAUGAAAUCUUGACUGAUAUGAAAGAAUUCACUAAGCGAAGAAGAACGUUGUUUGAAGCGAUGCCAGAGGAGUCCAAUGACUUUUCAGCAUAUCAACUCAAAGGUUUGCUUAAAAAAAACAACUUGAACCGACACAUAGAAAGUGUACAAAAAGAAAUGAAUCAACAGCAUUCAGGUGAUAUCCAAAGACAAUAUGAAAAUGAAGGGGGUUUUAUGAAGGUGGUGGAAGCAAGGAAAGUAAUUUCUGAAGAUACUUCUCAUUACAUCUUGAUAAAAGGCAACCAAACUAAGAAAGCUGAAGAAAUGGAUACUAAAUCAGUUCUUCCUUCUUCUAGUAAAAUGUGUAGCCCACAUCCUUUUGAUGCAAAGCCAUCAUCGUCAUUUGAGAAGCAAAAGGCAGAGAAAGAUAUUUAUACUGAUUCAGCAGCCCCUCCCUCCCCAAGGACCCUAUUAGCUAUCCAGGCUGCCAUGAUGGAAAGUAGCUCAGAAGAAGAGCUGGAGAAUGAAAAUAAAAAGCAGUUCAGAGUGAAAAAAGCACAUAACUCCACCAAUAUAGUUGAAGGCUCUGUAUCACCUAGAACUCUAUUGGCAAUUCAAGGAAUUCUUGAUGAUGAUAUGAAAACAGAUGAGAAGAAAAACUCUCAAAUUGGAGUGUCAGAAGUUACAGAGAGUCUUAUGAAUGGUACAGAAGAGGAAGAUGAAUGUCAUAAAGUUAGAAAAACUCUACAAGAUGGUGAAAAGAAUGAAUCUUUAGCUCAAGAUUUAAUUUCAGCAACAGCAGAGACUGUGACAUUAACAGAAAUGAACUCAGAAGAAAGUGAAUCUGAUGCUUUUGCAAGUAGUUCUUUAAAUUGUUUCAUUUGUCAAAUAUUAAUGCUAAAAAAAAAAAAUGACCCUUAUUUUGGAACAGGUAGUUUCAUUGAAGUAGACAAUGAAAGUAGUAGUGAUGAACUUCAGGCUGAUUUACACGAAGUAUUCAGUCCUCUCACUGAGCUUGGGGAAAAGCCUGAAGAAGAAGCUAUAGACACCAAGAGAAAAGGACCUGUUGGGGCUACUGAAAACCUCCCAAGAGACUCUCCUGAAAGUAUAGAGUCAGCCAAGCAACCAGAGGAAGGGACUGAAAAAGAAACAGAUGAAACAAUCAAUGAGUGGGAAGAUAUUAAUUUGGAGGAACUGGAAGCUCUGGAGAACAAUCUUUUAGUAGAACAGAAUUCACUGAAAGCUCAAAAACAGCAUCAAGAACGGAUUGCUGCAACUGUAACAGGCCAGAUGUUCUUGGAAAGUCAGGAACUACUACGAUUAUUUGGCAUUCCUUACAUUGAAGCUCCUAUGGAGGCAGAGGCUCAGUGUGCCAUUUUGGACCUGACUGAUCAGACAUCUGGAACAAUCACUGAUGAUAGUGAUAUCUGGCUUUUUGGAGCACGGCAUGUGUAUAAAAAUUUCUUUAGUAAAGACAAGUUUGUAGAAUAUUACCAGUAUGUCGACUUCCACAACCAGCUAGGAUUAGACCGGAGCAAACUAAUUAAUCUGGCCUAUUUGCUUGGAAGUGAUUACACAGAAGGUAUACCAACUGUUGGCUGUGUAACUGCCAUGGAAAUUCUUAAUGAAUUUCCUGGACGUGGUUUGGAACCUCUCUUAAAAUUUUCAGAAUGGUGGAAUGAAGCUCAAAAGAUUAAGAAAAUAAGACCCAAUCCCCAUGACACCAAGGUGAAAAAGAAAUUGCGACAAUUACAACUUUCUCCUGGUUUCCCUAACCCAGCUGUUGCAGAAGCUUACCUGAAACCUGUGGUGGAUGACUCAAAAGGAGCAUUCUUAUGGGGAAAACCAGAUCUUGAAAAAAUUAGAGAGUUUUGUCAGCGUUAUUUUGGCUGGAACAGGACAAAGACAGAUGAAUCUUUGUUACCUGUACUAAAACAGCUGAAUGCACAGCAGACACAGCUCCACAUUGAUUCUUUCUUUAGGCUGAUACCACACGAGAAACAACAUGUUAAAGGAAUUAAAAGCAAGAGACUCAACAGGGCUGUGACAUGUAUGCUCAGGAAAGAAAGGGAAGAAGAAGCUGGUGAAAUAGAAGCAGCUACUGCUGCCAUGGAGAGUGAUUUUAAAUCAGUUGAAAAGACAAAGGACAAAACUGAGAAGAAAAAUAUAGAAAAUAAAUCAGAAAAGCUGCAAAACUUAAAAAGAAAAGUACAUUCCAGUGCCAAUCAGGAGAAUAAAUGUGGUGGAGGUGGCUUUGUUGGAGAAGCCUAUUUCUCAGCACCAUCUGAUAUAUCUUCAGGGGAAGAUUAUGAAUGUAUAUCUUCAAAUGAAGUCAAGAGGGGAAAACCUACCAAGCAACCAAAUAUUGUCUCUUCAAGUUUUCAGGAGAUAACACCACAUAAUCCUGAAAAGAAUGAAGAAGAGACUAGCAGCUCUAGUGAUGAAGAUGGAAAAGGAACACAUAUGGUUAUGGUGACUGCUCGGUCUGUGUUUGAGAAAAAGAAAGGAAAACAAAGAAAUGUGAGGGGGAAAAAAAGGAAAACAUAGUGAACUUUUCAUCUGUAACUUUGAGAACUACAUGGGGUAUAGAUGAAGGGCUGGCUCCAGAAUCAAGAUGACCUGGAUUCCAGGCCUCUCUCUGAUACACAUUAACUGUGUGACUCUGGGCAAGUCACUACAUUUUUCAGAGCCUCAGGUAACUAUUUAAUACUAAGUUUUAGAAUAGUUACUGGUCUGCAUCAGUCGAAGAAUUUUCUUUACCAGAAGCUCCUUAUGCUCAUGAAAUCACAAGUCUGGAUCUCAACACAUAUAUCUGUAUAAAGAGAGAAAUCAGGUGCAAUAAAAUUUCCUAAUGAAUUUGUUAUAGAGAGAAAAUAAAAAAUCCAGCACGUCAUAA